AUGACGAUCCCGUCACUCUCCCUUCGCAAGGUCACGCCAGAAACCCUCCCCGCCAUCCACGCCCUCGUCGAAAGCUCCUUUCGCGGCCGCCACGCGGAAAAGGGCUGGUGCAGCGAGGCCGAAUACUUUACCAGCGCGCGCAUCACGCCCGAGGACAUGCUCGCCAAGCUCAACAGCCCCGGCACAACGCUCCUCGCCGGCUACGACGACUCGACCGGCGCCCUCGUCACCUGCUGCGAGAUUGCGCAAAAGCAGGACAUCGACAUCGACAACGACGGCAAGACAACGACGAGGACGUGCUACUUUGGUCUCUUUGCGGUGGACCCGGAGAAGCAAGGGGGCGGCAUCGGCAGCUUUGUGCUCGGCGAGGCCGAAAAGUACGCCCGUGAUGAGCUGGGCUGCACGAGGAUGGAAAUGCAAGUCAUUGACAGGCGCGACACCUUGAUUGCGUACUAUGUUCGACGGGGGUAUGUGCAGACAAAGGAGACGAGGCCGUUUCCGUAUGAGCUGUUUGGCGAGGGCACUGUUCUUCGGGACGAUUUGCGAUUUACGGUACUGGUCAAGGAGUUGGCGGCAUAA